UGGUCCUGUGAUUUUCACGCUCAGAUACCCUUGUAGCUAGUUCCUCUCCACUGAUCUGAAACUAGUAGUGUUGGAAACUGAGACGAACGCCCUGUCAGAUGAUGGCUUCAAUCUGCAUACCGCGCGCUGGUUCAGCACAGCCCACCACGGCUCUUCCCAGUUGGAAGUCUUUCAGAGAGAGGAAGACUGACUUUACAGGAAUCCCUCGCAGUGUUCAUAUGGAGAACCUGCAGAACGAAUAUCUGUUUCCUGAGAUAUUCAUGCGGGAAUCUGAACAUGCCAGGAAGAAUCCACAUGCGAGAGUACUUAGACUUGGUAUUGGUGAUACCACAGAACCAAUUCCAAGUAUGAUAACUUCUACUAUGGUUGAGAAAGCACUUGCUUUGUCAACAGUUCAAGGUUACAAGGGGUAUGGACCAGAGCAAGGAAACGGGGAUUUAAGGAAGGCAAUAGCUGAAAGAUUUUACCGGGAUUCACUCGUGAAGGAGAAUGAGGUUUUUAUAUCCGACGGCGCCCAGUGCGAUAUUUCACGCAUUCAGAUGCUGCUAGCAUCCAGUUUGACAAUGGCGGUGCAGGACCCAACUUUUCCGGCGUAUGUGGAUUCCAGCGUGAUUGCUGGAAGAGCAGGCAGAUUCCAAGCAGAAACUCUGAAGUACAGAAACAUAGUGUACAUGAAAUGUGGACCCGAGAAUAAUUUUUUCCCAGACUUAUCAGCUACUCCAAGGGCUGAUGUUAUUUUCUUCUGCUCUCCAAACAAUCCGACCGGUAACGCAGCAACCCGCCAGCAGCUGAAGCAACUAGUGGAUUUUGCGAAAGCAAAUGGAUCCAUAAUCAUAUAUGACUCAGCCUAUGCUUCUUUUAUAUCUGAUGAAAGCCCGAGAUCAAUAUUUGAAAUCCCAGGAGCCGAAGAGGUAGCAAUUGAAAUUUCAUCGUUCUCCAAAUUUGCUGGUUUCACGGGGGUCCGCCUGGGCUGGACUGUUGUCCCCCAACAACUAUUGUAUUCCAAUGGAUAUCCCGUGAUCAAGGAUUAUAAUCGCCUAGUGUGCACCAGCUUCAAUGGUGCAUCCAAUAUUGUUCAAGCGGGGGGACUUGCUUGCCUUUCUGAUGAAGGUUUUCAGGCACUGGGCAAUACUGUGAAUUACUACAAGGAGAAUGCGAAGAUUCUGGUGGACACCUUUGAAUCACUGGGGCUGAAGGUGUAUGGAGGCAAGAACGCACCUUACGUGUGGGUGCAUUUUCCGGGGAGAAAUUCGUGGGACGUGUUCAACAAGAUUCUCCAGAGAGCGGACAUAGUCACCGUCCCGGGCAUAGGAUUUGGGCCUGGCGGCGAGGGGUUUAUUAGAGUUAGUGCCUUUGGUCAUAGAGACAGCAUAUUGGAAGCUUCAACGAGGCUGAGAAAAUUUCUUUAGAUUGAAAUUACUCUGAGCCCCAAAUCAUUGCUCACAUGUAGCCUAUGUUUUUUUUACCGCUUUUUUGAAAGGGAGUUUGGGACUUGAAUUCCCAAAAUCAAUAAUAUCUGCUCUUUUCCUCACAAAA